AUUGAAUUAAAGAUCCUGGUUUGAAAAAUUAAUUGUUAAACAAAUAGAAUUUUAAUUUUGAAGUAAAUAAUAAUGGUACGCACGAAGAACCGUUACAUAGUUGUUCAGAUACGACCUGCUACCGCAAUGAAAGCCUUACACAUGAAAGAUCAUGUGAUUACCAAAUGUGUUCUACAUAAUGUUAAAAAAUAUUACGGUGAUUAUGGACUUGGCAUAAUAGAGAAGGGAUUUCGAAUAAAAUAUUGCAAUGACAGUACAAAAAUUGCUAUUAUUCGCUGUGCACAUCGGUCACACAAAUAUGUACAGAGUACACUCCCUUUUAUAACUAUGAUCGGAGAUGUACGUGCAAAGUUUUGUACAAUAUAUACGGGAGCAACGAUAAUGCAAUGUAACAAAUUUAUAAUCAAACAUCAACAACAGGUCCUUGAUCGAAUGGUAGGCAAUAUAGCCUCAGCCAAAGAGAGAAAUGACUUUAUAAAACGUGUUAUGGAAUUUGAAAUAGAAUAAUCUUUUAUUAAAGUAAACAUAAAACAUUUAUUUAUUUACAUACAUGAUUUAUUUAAUUUUUUAUAUAGUUUCAAUUUUUACCGUCAUCCUCAUCAUAAGAAACUAAAUCUAAAAUUUAACAUAAUUAUAUUUCAGUAUAGGUUUACUGAAUGAUUUAAUACAUUGCUUUAAUAU